AAUACAAGGCAAAAGAAAUGAACAAAAAUGGCGGGGAACAACCACCUCAACUUAUAUUAUAUUAUAUUUAUGUAUACACAAAAAUGGUAAAACUAAUCUCUCAAUUACACAAAAACAUCUGCAAAAAACCUUUCUACUUUGGAUGGAUAAAUCACAGCUGUGCAACCCAUCAACUGCCUUUAGACUACCCACCUCAGGCUCAUGUACACCACCAAAAUAUGCCUUUGCCCCCAAUACUCCACAACUUUUUCUACAGUCUCUGCGACAACAUCAAUACUCUCAUGGAAAUGCACGCUUACCUCGUUGUUCAGGGCCUCACUCGUGAUCUUUCAUGCAGCACCAAAUUGGUUAGCUUGUAUGGUUCUUUUGGCCGUCUUGAUCUUGCACGCUUGGUGUUUGAUACAAUACCUCACCCGGACUUUCUUUCGUGGAAAGUGAUCAUCAGAUGGUAUUUUUUGAACAGUGAGUUUCGAGAUAUUGUUGGGUUUUAUAAUCGUAUGCGAGUGUGCUUAAAAGAGUGUGAUAAUGUUGUUUUCUCCCAUGUUUUAAAGGCAUGUAGCGAAUCGCGAAAUUUUGAUGAAGGGAGGAAAGUGCACUGUCAAAUUGUCAAGUUUGGGAAUCCUGAUAGUUUUGUGUUCACUGGUCUUGUGGAUAUGUAUGCCAAGUGUGGGGAAAUUGAGUGUUCUCGUUCUGUGUUUGAUGAAAAUCUUGAUAGGAAUGUGUUUUCUUGGAGCUCCAUGAUUGCUGGCUAUGUACAGAAUAAUCUUGCUCAAGAUGGGUUAGUUUUGUUUAAUAGAAUGAGAGAGGAGUUGAUCGAGGCUAAUCAAAUUACACUAGGGAUCUUAGUUCAUGCAUGUAAAAAGCUCGGAGCUUUGCAUCAAGGGAAGUGGCUUCAUGGAUACUUGAUUAAAUGUGGUAUUGAACUUGGUUCUUACUUGGUGACAGCUCUUCUAGACUUGUAUGCAAAGUGUGGAGUCGUUAGAGAUGCUAGGUCUGUGUUUGAUGAGCUGCAUGGUAUUGAUAUUGUCUCGUGGACUGCUAUGAUCGUUGGGUACACCCAGAAUGGCUGUCCUGAGGAGGCUUUGAAGUUGUUUUUGCAGAAGGAACAGGUUGCUGUCUUGCCUAAUGACGUUACCAUCGCAAGUGUGUUUUCAUCAUGUUCACAGCUGCUGAACUUGAAUCUAGGAAGAUCAAUUCAUGGUCUGAGCAUUAAGCUCGGGUCACGGGAUUCUAUUGUCACGAACUCUUUGGUGGAUUUUUAUGCUAAAUGCCAAAUGAAUAGAGAUGCUCGUUAUGUAUUUGAGACAAUUUCAGAUAGAGAUGUGGUUGCCUGGAAUUCCAUUAUUUCUGCGUUUUCUCAGAAUGGUUCUGCAUAUGAAGCCCUUGAAUUGUUUCACCAAAUGAGAAUGGGAUCCGUCUUGCCUGAUGCAGUCACCUUAGUGAGUGUCUUGUCAGCUUGUGCUUCCCUUAAUGCUCUCCAAGUCGGUUCUUCUUUUCAUGCUUACGCGGUAAAGAGAGGUCUUUUAUCCUCUAAUGUCUAUGUUGGCACUGCGCUUUUGACCUUUUAUGCCAAAUGUGGGGAUGCUGAAUCUGCUCGUGUUAUUUUUGAUGGUAUGGACCAGAAGAGCACUGUCACAUGGAGUGCAAUGAUUAGUGGCUAUGGAAUUCAGGGUAAUGGUCGUGGAUCCCUUUCAAUUUUUGGUGAUAUGUUGAAGGCAGAAUUGAAACCCAAUGAAGAGAUCUUCACGUCCAUUUUAUCUGCCUGUAGCCAUACAGGGAUGAUUGGGGAAGGGUGGAGGCUUUUCACUAUGAUAUGUCAGGACUACAACCUAGUGCCUUCAACGAAGCAUUAUACAUGUAUGGUUGACCUAUUAGCUCGUGCUGGAAGGCUUAAGGAGGCCUUGGACUUCAUUCAGAAAAUGCCAGUUAAACCAGAUGUUAGCUUGUUUGGUGCAUUUCUCCACGGUUGCGGACUCCAUUCAAGGUUUGAUCUUGGAGAGUUGGCAAUCAAGAGGAUGCUAGAGCUCCAUCCUGGUGAAGCUUGUUACUAUGUGCUAAUGUGCAAUCUGUAUGCUUCGGAUGCAAGCUGGAGCAAGGUUAAGCAGGUAAGAGAGUUGAUGAAACAGAGAGGGUUGAUGAAAACUCCAGGUUGUAGCCUGAUGGAGAUGGAUGUUGAUCAUGACUUCUCCUUUUCUAGAGCUGCUUCUCUUGCAUAGUUCAUGCAUCGAUGCCAUGAUGUACUUGGAAUUGCACAGGAAAAAAUAGAGCUUUGUCAUCUUAAAGAUGAUUGAAGUUGGUCAUCGGGGAAGUGCUUGACGAUGAGAUCUAUGUUGAUGGUUUCUUGUAUCUUGAGCAAUGAGCUGGAACUGCAUGAUGGAUGUCACAGAAAAGCUUUCUGUGGUCUAGUCGUUUUAUUGAUGUGAUGUUUUACUUCUUCCAGUUCUUCAAACAAGGCCAUCGAGAAUCUUGUUCGGUUAUCUUUUCUGUAAGAUACACGAGAGGAAACAAAUAGACAACAACCAAACCGAGGGGCCAAGUCUCCUUGGAUGUGCCUAACAUAUUUGGUAUAGGGAGAUCAAAUUCAAACCAUUCCUUACGAUGUAUUAAGAUACUCGUGGAGAAUGGAGAUUAUAUUAUCAUGAUUGCCAUCUUCUGCAUUUGGAUGAAAGACCGUCUACCAGAUUACAUGGUGACUUGAGACCACUUUCUAGUUAAACCUGCUCGUGGGGAACAAAAGAUUCCAUGGAACCUUCUUCAGGUCUAAACGCUCCAUAAUUCCUCUGGUUUUCUCACGGCAGCCCAGUUUCCAAUUUCUGCGUGGAUAUUAGAUAACAAGGUGUAAUGCCCACCCCGGUGUUUCGUGCUCUCAUCUUCAAGAGAUCCUUUUCAAUUCUUGGGAUCGGGUCCAUCCUCUGGUGAAUUCGACACCCAUUAAGCAAAUUACCCAAACACUAGAAUCUGCAGGGAAUGGCAUUGAGCUGAUUAUUCUCUAGGCUCCACUGAUAUCACCAGGGUGACUCAAAAGGUCAACUGUACAGGCAAAGUGUUCCGAGUCGGGUUCAAUGCCAAAAUCCUUCAUUAAGUCACAAUAGAACUUUCCUUGCUCCACAGAUCCUGAAUGACAACAUGCUGAUAGGAUAUUCAUGAAGGUAAUAUGAUUUGGUUUUAUUCCCAAUUC